GCUGCAUUUGAAGUAACUUGCAGGAAAAGAAUUCUCUCAACCUAUUUAUUGGUAAAGAUUUUUCCUGGUUCUUAUACGAGUGCAUCUGGGGGCUCGGGGAAGCUUGACACAGCUUUGUGCCAAUGAGGAGACAGGACCAAUAAGACAGAGAAACAUUCCGUCACGAACAUCUUUGAAAGUAUGUUUUUUUGCGAACUUUAAAGGCUCAUUCUGACUUUGUGGGAUGAAGUGGCUGGCUAAAAGCUACCAAGGCCUUUUUUUCCGAUGACCUUUUCCAAUGACCGUUUCCGAUGAACCCAAGGUUGUGCGAAGAGGUUCUAGAUGUCCAUGUAUUAAUCACUCAUUCCACCAUACAUGACAUGACCAGUAAUUCUGGCGUGGUAGUCGUGAUGAAUUGAUGUCGUUGGUCUUGGUCGUUCGUAAUAAGAAGAUGCUAGGUGGUGCAUCAAGCCCCCCCCGGAAGAAAAAAAGAGGAUCUCUGGUGGAAUUAUGGGUAGGAAAUCCACAAUGUGGUUUCGACCCAAAUAUGAUGAUUCUCCUUUUUUUUUUCCCUUUACCCAACGGUCCCAACCGGCUUUGAAGCUAUUUUGGACGUUUUUAUUGUUUCCUCUUUGGGAAGGAAGAAUAAGUUGAGACUGAGAAGAAUGGUCAUUUAGCCGCUUAAUAGCCAAUUCCCGAGGUCAACAAUGUUAUUUUACUUGUAAAGCACUUUCUUAUAUGUCCAACCCAUACUCCGUUGAGUUGAGGGGUAGAAAGAAACAAGCCUUGACAUGCCUCAGCCUUGUGCGGGGUUGAAAGAUUCUGAGGUUACCUCGUUCAUUACCUGUCUACCUGUCUACCUGUCUACCUGUCCACCUGUCUACCUACCGGUGCAGCAUUUACCACAUUGCAGGAACACCAAGCAGGAUGUACCCAGAUUCCGGGUGGAUGCAAACGUUGAAACCUCCCCCUUAUAAAGUCGUCAUAGGAUGAAAUUCCUCAUACAUUACCCAUCGCACAGCAGACCAGAUCAGACCAGACAGACCAGGUUCAGCUGUGGUGGUGAAAAGUGGAAUUUAUCGGAAAACAGGGAUUUUGGAGGGGAUUCCCGAUGUUUUAGAACUCUAAAGGGCCCAAGCACACUCAAGCAUUACUUAAGGUACCCUACAGUCUACAGGGGCUCUUUCCUCCCCCUGAUUCUUCAUUUCCUUCUAGAAAGAAAGAAAGAAGGAAGGAAGGAAGGAUAGAGUGGCAUACGAUAGGAUGAAAUCAUAAAUUCCCAUCUCUACAACUUUACAAAAAUCAAUCCUCUCUCGAUAUAGACACACAAAUUCCUCACAUCCUUCGUCGGGUCUGCAGAGUUGUUAAUUCACUUUGACUUUGAUUUUUUUUAAUUUUUUAUUUUCAGAAUAUAAAAGACAUUCAAAGCCAUCAAAAAGGCACCAUUCGGGGAAAUCUAAUUCUGCUUCUCCCCGUGUAAAAAUAGCCUAUCCCUCCGAACUCACCCGUUCCUUACCUACCUUAAUAAACUAAAGAGACCGCCGUUGACAACCUCACGCGAUCGUCUUUUUCUCUCCUUUCAAUCAUUUGCCAUUCACACCUUUAUCCCACUUCUUCUUUCUCUUCUUCUUUCUCCUCUUCUUUUGAAUCUUGAUCUGCAACUCCGCCAAUUUUUAACAGCAACCAUGACGCGAUUCAAGACAAAAUCUAAUGGCCUCGGUGUACAGGUGGAGGAUACUCAAAUCUGCGUGGUAAUGGUCGGUCUGCCUGCAAGAGGAAAAUCUCUCAUUGCUCAAAAAGCUCAACGUUAUCUCAAAUGGUUAUCCAUCGAUGCUCAAGUUUUCAACGUCGGUAACUACCGUCGAAAUGCAACCCCAAAUCCGACUGCCGAUUUCUUCGAUACAACCAAUACAGAGGGAGAACGGAUGCGCAGAGCUGCCGCUGAAGCUGCCGUCAAUGAUAUGAUUGAUUGGUUUAAGAAUAAACAAGGAAUUGUUGCCAUUCUCGAUGCUACGAAUAGUACCAAAGAGCGUCGAAGAUGGAUCAAAGACCGUUGCGAUGCUGAAGGAAUCGAGACCCUCUUUGUCGAAUCGAAAUGCGACGAUGAAGAUUUGAUCAUGUCAAACAUUCUAGAAGUCAAGACGACAUCCCCAGACUACGCUGGAUCAGACCCGGAAAAGGCAGCUCAAGAUUUUAGGAAUAGGAUCAAGAACUACGAGAAGGUUUACGAGACAAUUGACGACGAAGAGAGUGAUCUUACGUAUUUGAAGAUUAUGAAUGUUGGAAAACAAGUCAUCAUCAAUCGAAUUCAAGACUAUCUUCAAAGUCGCGUGGUUUACUACUUGAUGAAUUUACACAUUAAGCCGAGAUCGAUUUGGUUGUCACGACAUGGAGAGUCUAUGUACAACCUCGAAGGAAAAAUUGGUGGUGAUGCCGAGUUAUCCCCUCGUGGAGAGAUGUAUGCCAAGAAAUUGCCUUCAUUGGUACUCGAAUCAGUAGGAGACAAUCGUCCUUUAACUGUCUGGACUUCCACUCUUCGCCGCACUAUCGCCACUGCUCGUCACCUUCCCAAUGAAUAUAAUCAGCUUCAAUGGAAAGCACUUGAUGAGCUCAACUCUGGUGUUUGUGAUGGGCUUACUUAUCAAGAUAUCAAAGAGCGAUAUCCAGAUGAUUUCGAGGCCCGUGACGAAGAUAAAUACAACUACAGAUAUCGUGGAGGAGAGUCUUACCGCGACGUUGUCAUUCGUCUCGAACCCAUUAUCAUGGAAUUGGAGCGAUCAGAGGAUAUUUUGAUUGUUACUCAUCAGGCUGUUCUUCGUUGUAUCUACGCUUAUUUCAUGAAGAAGCCCCAAGAUGAAUCACCCUGGAUGGCUGUACCUCUCCACACCCUCAUUAAGCUCACCCCGCGUGCGUAUGGUACACAAGAAGUACGUUACGAUGCACAAAUCCCUGCUGUCAGUACUUGGCGUGGUAAGGGCAGUGUUGCAAAGCACGAAGACCCUAUUCCUGCUUCGGAUAUUGCAACUAAAGUUGUAGCAGACAUUAAAUGAGUUUCCAACGGCACGCCCCCGUUUAAUUUCAUUCUCGGAACCAAUCUUUUGAGAGGACUAGCAAGUCUUAUCUACACUAUGAUUUUUGCUUAGGUUUUAAUGCAUAGCGAUUUGGCGUUACAUGAUUCAAUUUCCUCUCUGGACCUUUUGUUAUAUGGAAAUGUCGACACAUUGACUCGGCUUUUCUUUCUUUGGUAUUUGUUUCACGUCAUAAGGUAGAUGUGGACUCAAAUGAAUGGGUGUUAUCCGAAGGAUUGAAGAUGAGGAUUUUGUCACAUUCGUGGUAAAAAUUCGGUUCGGCUUCGGCUUCGGAGACUUUUCUUGUAUGAUGAUUUUGCAUGGUUGAGAUGAAGCAGCUGGGAGGAUCAACACGAUAAAAAGUGGUGAUGAGGUACAAAUGGGUUGAGGAAGUUGCUCGAGCUUUUGAGGAAAUGAGAUACCAAAGAGCCCAGUUUUGGUUGAGCAGCGCAGAGGAAGAAAGAUGGAGGAAAAAUCAUCACAGCUGUUCACAAAUCAGAUGAACCAUCAUGGCUUGUGAUUUGAAAGCCAUAAAGCUUGAUAGCAAAAUGAAUUACAGAGUGGAGGAACAUAACUAAUCGAGGUCCUCCCUGUUUCACUAUUUCACUGGGACUGAAAAAUGGAGACAAAAAUAAAAUCAUGUGAUAUGUACAAAUUUCGUGUGUGAGAUAAAACAACCUCGGCACUUAUCGGUAGAUGCACGGCUAUGGUACAAUGAUGGUUAACCGUCAGUGACCCUAGUCUAUCUACUUACUACAGGGCUGUUUGAAUCGGUAUAUCUUAUACUAUUUUAUACGAGGACCUACCUACCCAUGAAGCAAAUGUCGAAGUGUUCAUUUACGAAGUCCAAAGUACGAAGUAUGGAGUUGGGUAGGUACGAGUGAAGUGUGGAAUUUACUGUGGGGAGGGGGGGGGGGUUGUGAUAGGGGUGAUGGAGGUAUUUGAG